AUGCACACAUACAGUCUGUGCUGGCAAGGACAGCACCUCAUCUUUGGAGAUUGUGACGAUGCAGAUUCAGCCGUAGCUGGUGUCGGUGUGAUGUGACAGGAGACUGAGACUGAACCUGAGGUUUGGCCAUGUCUGAGUUCAGGUCCAGAGUGCGCUGUCGGAGAGCAGGUGUCCGUGCUGCUGUUGCUCUUAUCGGACUCCUCCACCGAUCCCGCAAACGGUGUGAGAGACAGAGACUGACGGAGACGGACAGCCAGUGGAAGCAGGAGUUGCUGACCAUCUCCAAUGUGCCCCUGGAAGACUGCCCUCCCUCUCCCCCCAGAACCGCCCCUCCCGCCAUGAAGUCUACUCAGUUUUUUGACGUGCUGGAAAAGAUGGAGCAGGUUUCUGAGGUGGAGGAAAUGAGGCCACAAAGAGUAAAGGAUGAUUACAUUCCAUACCCACGGAUAGAGGAGGUGUUACAGCGGGGUGAGCCAUACCCUCAGGUCAUCCUGCCUGAGUUCGGUGGUUACUGGAUUGAAGAUCCUGACGCACCUGCCGCCAUUCCGAAUUGGAUGAAUGGCUUCUGUGAUGAUGAAGAUGGAGAAGGAAGGAAUUCAGGAGAGUUUGGCUACGCACUGGAGAGUAACUUCGCCAUUCGAGCGUACCGCAAGCACUUUAUUGGCAGGGAACAUCUGAACUUCUACUGCACGGCCAGUAACCAUGGCAACCUCGUACUGUCCCUCAGACACGAGGAGGUGAAGGAGCAAGAGUACCUGCACAUCAUUCUCAGGGCUCCAUCGAAGACCGUCUAUGACAGGAUCUCUUUGGCAGGCUUGACUGAGCUCCCCAGUGUCCCUCAGUUAGCAAAGCUACUGUGUGAAGACAUUGUAGGUCUGAGAUUUAGUCCUGUGCUGUACCCAAAGGGCUCUCAAUUAAUAGUGAAUUAUGAUGAACAUGAGUUAAACAAUACCUUUAAGUUUGGUGUCGUCUACCAAAAGUUUGGGCAGACCUCAGAGGAGGAGUUGUUUGGGAACAGUGAGGAGACUCCAGCCUUCAUGGAGUUCCUCCGAGUGCUGGGAGACAGUGUAGAGCUGCAGGACUUUAAAGGGUUUCGAGGAGGUUUGGAUGUGUCUCAUGGUCAGACGGGGUCUCAGUCGGUCUACACUGUGUUCAGAGGGCAGGAACUCAUGUUUCACAUCUCCACCAAACUACCCUAUACAGAGGGAGACAUGCAGCAGCUCCAAAGGAAGCGGCACAUUGGGAAUGACAUUGUGGCUGCAGUUUUUCAAGAGGAGGGCACACCAUUUGUGCCUGACAUGAUUGCUUCCAAUUUCCUCCAUGCCUACAUUCUGGUUCAAGUGGAAAACCCUGGAACAGAUGACACCACAUACAAGGUGUCUGUCACAGCACGUGAUGAUGUGCCACAUUUCGGCCCUCCGCUUCCCAAUCCGCCCAUCUUCAAAAAGGGUCCAGAAUUCAGAGAGUUUCUGCUGACCAAGCUGAUCAAUGCAGAGUUGGCGUGCUACAGGUCAAACCGAUUUGCCAAGCUUGAGGAAAGAACACGAACAGAACUGCUAGAUAACCUUCAUAAUGAGUUACACAAGCACACACAGGCAAUGCUGGGUCAUCCGCUCAGCGCAGAUGAAGAGAGGAUGGAGAACGGAGGACAUGGAGGAAUACUGGAGUCUAUUAAGCGGGCGAUGCGUGUCCGCAGUCAUUCUAUGGAGACAAUGGUGGGCUCCCAGAAACAUGGCCGCUGUUCUUCGGCGGGAGGGGGCGUUCCCACCAGCCUGAGUGGGGUCGGCCUGAUCCACAGCAAUACUGAGGCUGCUAAGUCUCCUCUGAAGAGCCCGGUGAAGAGACGCUCAGGGCUGUUCCCACGGCUGCACACCAGUAUGGAUGGACAGUCAGAGCGCCACACACGCAGUGUCCUAUGUGAUCAGAGAAGUCUAGAUAGCGGUCAUCUCUCACAGGAAGUGAGAUCAGAGACGUCGUCCAAUCCUAGCUCUCCAGAGAUCCUGAACAAUGAGAGGCCGCCUCUCAAGCUGAAAGAGGCCGGUGCAAAACCAGAUAUUUCUCGUUCCUCCUCUAGCACCAGCAGCUUCAGUAGUGCUGCAGGAGACACAGAGACUAUGGAGGAGAAAGAGCCUAGCAGCCUCCACAUAUCUCCCAGUCUCUCGCCCGUAUUUGGCUCUGUGAGCACAGAGGGGCAGGGUGCAGGAACGCCAGUCAUUAUGUGCCGCAGUCCAACAGAUUUUAAGAACAAGACUUCACCCAGAUCCAAUCUGAAGUUUCGCUUUGACCGAUUGAGCCAGUCCGCUGCUGGACAUUAGCAAAGAGAAUGUCAAAGACAACCAGAACCAUUAAAAGCAAUGGAUCAGCACCGAAGAUCAGACACUGUCGGAAAGAAGGAGGGAAUUUAAAGAGGGACACAUCACUCCUGCGCUCCACUCUGAACAUCACAGGAUUAAGCACUUAUCUCCUCUUAUAUCUUACUUAUAUCCGCAGGUUGUCAUCUGCUGCUGACCUGGCACAUUUAUUGAUUUUGCACAUUUUGAGAAAGUCGUUCACUGUAAAAGAGUUAAUAAAAUACUAACUUAUACAAACUGGAUUAGUAGUUCAAUAAUAGUAACUAUUCUCACUCAAUAAUAAUAAUAAAAUGACAGUUUUUUUUUUAAUUAACAAAAUUCCCAGCUCCUGAAUCACUCCACAGUAUUUUGAGAACAGUGUGAAUGACUGCCAGGACUGGAUAUACAGUAGUUUGAUGAAACUGACCACAGCAGAUAUUCAUUGUACACAUUCAUUUCAUUACUAAAUCAGUCACUUGUCUUUGAGAAAUAAAAGGUUAGCACAGCAUUGCCUUCCUCUGUAAAUCUAAAACUUGUGCAAUUCCUUAAAAAAAUGACCUAAAGUUGUUUGGAGAUGUAAUUACUGUGUCCCCUGAAGAGUUUUUUUAUAAUAUAUAUUAUUAGAAGAAAAAAAAAACAAAAUCACUGAUUGCUCUUAUGUGUAUAUUUAUUGUGUAUAUUCAUGGAAGGAAAUGCAGAAGAAUACAUCUUUAUUGUCACAAAUAGCUCAGAUGUGUUGCAUGUGACAAUUUAAGAAAGACUUUUCCAUUCUGUUUUUAAGUCAAAUCAUUUUUUUGUUUCUUUGCUUAACAAAACGAACAGUGUUAAUUUAUUUCUCUAUGAUUGUACUGCUACACAUGUAAAGGUUUCUGGUAACACUUUACAAUAAUAGUUCAUUAGUUAACAACUUUAGUUAAGAUGAACUAAGAAUUAUACUUCUACAGCAUUCAUUAAUCUUAGUUAACAAACACUGUAACAAAUGUAUUGCUCAUUGUUAGUUCAUGUUAGUUAAUAGCC